GUCUGCCUGUGCUCCACCUCCUGCAGGCUGUGAGUUCCACAUCCCACAGCUGGGGAUCACAAACUGCACUAGCUAGUGUCUGACUUGCCCUUACAUCUUCCUCCACAGGGCAAUAAUUGGGUCUGGAGAAGGCAGGAGUAGGGCAGGACCUGCCCUGGUGUCCCACAGGGGCUGGAGAACUGCUGUACCCAAUGCUUGGUCUGCAGGGGUUUGGAGCAGCAUGUGCUACAGGAUAGGGCAUGUUCAUUGCUACCUUGCCCCCUAAAAACAGGCAGACUGUUGUUAUUUUAAUCAGUUUAGUCCUCAUUGUGGAGACAAACCAAAACACAGGAUUUGGUGUUCAGGGAAUAUAGACUUGCAUUACCCCUUGAGCUGUCCAGCAGGGGCUCUGCGUUCUGCUGCAAGGAGAACAUCUCCCACUCCGAAAUACUCACGGAUAAUUUUCUAAGUACUGGUUGCAGUGAAAAAAGACCCCUCUUCCCUAAACCAGAGAGUCCCAGCAAACAGUGCCAAUAUUCCAGUGGUGGCAAUGCAGCCUGUGAGGUGUCCAAAGCCAGGCAGGCUCCUGCUCAGAGCACUCUGAAACAGACAUCCAUGGAUGGUGGUUGCUGGCCUCCACAUGCCCUCUGCAGAGACAUCCCAGCUGUGUGCCCUGAUGAGCAGGUCAGGAAAUUUGCUUUUAUCCUGUGUCUUUCUUACUCUUGAUGAAAAAUCAUUCCUCAGCUUGCCAUAACUUUACACCCACUGGUGUCAGUCCACAGGCAGUAGGGAGAAGGAGGUUAAAGGGAUCAGAGCCAGCCAAUUACAGGGACACAUCUCUUUCUUUUCUCCCUGUCCUUUAAUUAAGCCCCUUGUAACUCUGCUUGGGAUUUGGGAGUGACCUCAGUGCUUUCCUAGCAGGACCCUUCCUCAUGGGCCAUUGCUCCAGCACAAUGCACCUUGGCCUUUUCAUCCCAAGAGAGUAGUUUGGAAAGGUCAACAAUUCAAACUGCGUGUCCUACUUUUAGCGCACAUGAUAGCGAGUCAAAAGGAGGUCAUGAGGGGAUGCUAAUGAACCACCCAGUUAUGUCCUGUAAAGGGAAAGCACCUUCUAGUGAGAGGGGAAGUCGCACAGUGAGGGAGAAAGUGAAAGCCCUAAGUAGAGGUCUUCAACCUAUGACUGCUUCCAAAAGAAGAUAGCGUCAGCUAGAUUUGUCUCAAAUGUCACCUUCCACUGCGGGAGAGCAUCAGCCUACCUGGUUCCUGACGGGCUUCACAGCAGCAAGGUUGUACUUUUGGUUUUCUUCUUAUGGAAUGGAAAGUUUCAGAAAAAUACACCUCGUGACAAGCAUGUGCAAGCCAUGGGAAUGCUACAGCAGGCCAGCUCCUGUCCAAGCAGACACCAGUUUCCGGGCUGCAUCACCUCUGCCAGCUGUAAGAUGGUCCCUGCAACGAAACGGGCAUUUCUGCAGCUGAUACCCAUGCCCAGUGCUGGCUUAUGGACGUGCACACAUCAGUUUGCUCACAGCACCAGGCAAACUCCCCUUUUGGGCUGUCUGUGAGACAGCCAGUGGACUUUAACUCAUUUUCUUGGCUUGGAGAGACAAACUGCUGUGGAAGUUGGUUAUGCUGUUUUCAGGAACCUGGAAUUAGCAGUAAACAUCAGCACUUAGUCCUGACCUGCAAAGCCCAGUAACAGAGUCAAAGCCAAGUCCUUUCUUUAGCUGUUCCUCCUGCCCCCAUGCACUUUGGGGUGCUGGAGGCAACAGAAAGCCCAAUGCCAACUAUAGAGAGGGGUGGGAAGUGCUGACAAGCUAAAGACAGCCCCAUGCUGAGUUAGAUCCUGCUCAUACCAGAUGUUUUCUAAUGGGUGUGUUGUGUUUAGGGCUGUUUCUCAAGUUUGAGCGGCAGGGGUGUAGACUGGACUGCGGUGGAGGGAGCCCUGGCCCUGCAGCCCAGCACCUUCCUGCAGCAGGAGAGGUUACUUUAACACAAUUACUCUGAAAUGUGCUUGUGUGCUGCGUGCUGAGAGCCCUUCCACAUGUCUCUUUCUGCUCACCCUCUCUCUCUGCAGUUAUGAAACCCCAGCAGCUGUGGAUGCCCUGACUACACAUGGCUCAGCAAGAUGGUUUUUGUGCAAGAAAAGGGGCUGAAGCUGUGAAGUUGGUGUCUAGGGGCAGGAUUUCCCCACAUUCAGUCCCAGCACAGCCUUUGGCUGGGUCUGCUCCAGACUGGUGAGAAGUGUCCACACCCUUGACUGACAUAUGUACAUCUGGAGUUUUGGUUAUUGCAGAAUCCUGGCUGUCCUUGGGCUCUGGAGACAGAGGCAGACAGCUGAGACUUUCACUCUUUCUGGGUCAAGGAAAUGUAUUUUUUAAAGCUUCUUGCAGAGAAAAUAAGCAGAAAUUACAAUCAGCCUGUACCAAUCCCUUCUGUCCCUUACUAAUGUGCUCCCUUUGUGAUUCCUGCCAGUUUGCUACAUAGAUGAGCUGUUACACGCUGAGCAGACACGUGUAUUUGCUUUGUGACCCAGUGGCUCUCCUGAAGAUGCUAAAGGCGCUGCUAGUAACAGCUGAACCCCACCACCACCACUCCCCGGCCCCAGCCCGCUGUGAAUGGCACCGAAACCGCCUUUGUUCCCCUCCCCGGGGGGCAGGACCGCACCGCCCGCGGCUAUAAAAGGAGGCGGCGGCUCCAGCCCCGGCCCCAGCCCCAGCCCUGGUCCCGGCUAUGGGCCGCCCUGCCGCCGCCGCCGCGCUGCUCUGCCAGCUGGGGCUCUCCGCGGCCAUCCAGUGGCUCGGACUGAUGGAGAGCGGCAGCGGGGUGGCCUGGAAUGAAAGCCACCACUGCCGGCUGCUCGCCGGGCUGGUGCCCGACCAGCUCCAGAUGUGCCGCAGGAACCUCGAGGUCAUGCCCAGCAUCGUCCAGGCCGCGCGCCACACCAAGAGCAGCUGCCAGAAGACCUUUGCAGACAUGAGGUGGAACUGCUCCUCCAUCCAGCAAGCACCCAGCUUUGGGCCUGACCUGCUGAGAGGAACCCGCGAAUCUGCCUUUGUCUACGCGCUGGCCGCCGCCACCAUCACACACUCCAUCGCCCAGGCCUGUGCCUCGGGAGAGCUCCCUCUCUGCUCCUGUGGCUCCGUCCCCUCAGAGGUCCCUGGGCCAGACUUCAGAUGGGGUGGCUGUGGGGACAACCUGAGCUAUGGCCUCCAGCUCGGCGCCGCUUUUGCUGACAGUCCCUUAAAAUCCAGCAAGCUGGGGACACAAGCGCUCAAGGCCAUGAAUCUGCAUAACAGUGCAGUGGGUCGGCAGGUGCUGAGUGACUCUCUGGAUACCAAGUGUAAAUGCCAUGGUGUUUCAGGCUCCUGCUCAGUGAAGACCUGUUGGAAGGGACUGGCAAAGCUGGAUGAAAUAGCCUCUGACCUCAAGUCCAAGUACCUGGCAGCCAUCAAGGUGACCCAUCGGCUCAUAGGGCCCAGGAAGCAGCUGAUACCCAAGGAAAUGGAGGUCAGGCCAAUGGAAGAGACAAAUCUGGUUUAUCUCAUCAACUCUCCUGACUAUUGCACACCGAAUCUCCACCUGGGGUCCCUGGGGACACAGGAUAGGCAGUGCAACAAGACCUCCGUGGGCAGCGACAGUUGUGACCUUAUGUGCUGUGGCCGCGGCUACAACACCUACAUGGAGGAGGUGGUGGAGAGAUGUCACUGUAAAUAUCACUGGUGCUGCUACGUGGUGUGCAAGAAGUGUCGGCGGAAGGUGGAGAGAUACGUCUGUAAAUAACACCAGAGGCGUCGUGGCAGGUAGGACUCUUGCCCUGGCAUCCUCUGGAGAUGAUACAGAUGGAGACCAACCACCAAUCACGAGGGAUACUCUGAGCUGUGGCAAGAAGGGGGAAUGCAGGAAGCCUGUGCGCCAGCAUUACCAUGGAAGACCUCAGACUGAGAGAUGCCAGGAAGCCUAAGGCCGGAGGCCAACCUCUGCUCCACCUCUCCAGAGCAAGACAAAGGGCUGCCCUCCUGCAGCUGAUCAGGAGCGUCCAACCCUCCAUCUCCAGCUGGGGACAAACCAUUUAUCACUCCACAUGCACAGGCCCUUUUCUCCAGGGGUGAAUGGGGAGUCUGGGCUGCCAUUGUCUCUUUGCAGGAGGCUUCUGACAGUGGCCUGAAAGCCAGGAGUGAUGGAUGGGAAAGGGGGUAGCAAGUUGUCCACUGGGAGAAGGCUUCAGGGGAACAAAGCUGCUUUGGGUGAGGGGGUCAUGGGCAACUCUUCUGGGGGAAGGUUUCCACUGUGGGCUCACCCAAUACUACUGGCUGUUCCUCCUCAGGGGCAAACACUGGUCCAGUUCCCUUUGCAGCAUCUGAAAUGAAGACCAGGCUUGACACACGCAGGACCAGUUAUUGCUUCAGGAAACAGAGCUCACUGAUCCUCCCCUUAACCUGCAUUGAGAUUACUGCUGCUCUCAGUGCUAACUGAAGAUAGCAAACACAUCUAGGGACAGGAGUGGUCCUGGGGACUGCUGAAGCAGGGCAGCAUGGCCAAACUGUGCCCAGCAGCCUUGUAGUAACAGGCCUUGUGCCCUCUGAGCUUCUGUUGGAGGUGGAAGCCUACUCAGUGCAUGGCAUGCUCACGGCUUGUUUGUCCUGCCCUUUUGUUUUAGCCCACUAAGGUCUUCAGCCCACUCCUUCCACCCCCUUAAUACCAGGCGUGCUGGCACUCUGGCCCGGAGAGAGGAUGCAGCUGGUGAAAUAAGAAUGAACCUUUAGUCUCUAUACUUAAUGUAAGUGGGAUUCUGGUGUGUGUUUUAUAAAUAAAUGUAUUAUAUCUUA